AAGACAUAAACUCGUCGGUCCUGGCGAGUGGCAGGGCGGGAGGCAGGUAGUGGGCACCAUGAAGACGCUACAUGCAUGGGAGAUUAAGUAUUUACACCCUGAAGAUGACGCGGCUCUCACUCAGCAAGGCCAGGGCAGCGGUGACGAGGAGGCUGAUCCUAGGGAAUCACAAGGAUCAGAGACUGAGGAAUGGAGGCAAGUGGCAGAGCUAGUUGCUGCUGGAAGCUACGUGCAGGCACUGCAGGAGCCUUUCUGCCAAUCAGCUCUUGGUAAAAGCUUGCAGCGGGCAGCUGGAACCAGUGUUGGGGAUCACUACAAGGCUGCUCUGACCAGCUUCCUGGAAGAGGGAGGGGAAGAGCAGCAGCAUGUGGUCCUCUGUGUGGGUUUGUGCUGUUUGCAGCUUUUCAUACAGAACAACUUCACUGGGCCACAACUGGGGCCUCCACCCAAUACUCUGUUGCCUGGGUUGGUUCCAGAUGGUGUGGAGGCAAUAGCUGUAUGGGAGGAAGCCUUAGAGGCCCUUGUUGGAGACACAGAGGGAGUCUACAAUCUGCUAGAAGCACCAGAGUACUUAACAGUGGCCAGAGUGGCACUGGUGGAGAUACGACCACACCUGGCUACAUGCCUCACCAGGGACUGGUGGUCCAUGCGGUGCAGCUUAGCCCAUCAACGUGUGGCUGACGAGCGCUCCCCGGGCCUGUAUGAAGAGUUACUGUGUGCCCUGAACCAAGCAGAGAACAACACUGACCUGCUCUGUGUUUCCAAGGAGUUGACAGCUCUCUACCACUUGGAAGCUGGCCACCUUCACCUCUACUACUAUGAUGUGGGCCGAGCAGGCCAACAUUUUAAAAGGGCCAGGGAUGCACUUGGCAUGGAGAUUGAGUUGACAGGGGCACUUGGCAAACGGACCAAGUGGCAGCAGGAGGACCGGCCUCAGCUUGUGGCCAAGGUGAAGUACAUGGGGCAACCUUUGAUGGCUGGGGAAUUACCAGGCACUACCCUCCUUCCCUCAGAUUUACCCAAGGAUCUGCUGCUGCAGGAUGACACUCGACUUCCCCGACCCAAGUUCAGGGACCAGGACCAGGAUGUCAUCCCUGACCUUAGGCCUGUUGAACAAGCAGUCCUGCUCGCCACCCUCACUCACUUACGACGCUCUUCAGCUAAUGAUGUUCAGUUAGACCUGGAGACCAAGGCCUACCUGAUUGCUCUCCUCCAGCACCCCAAGAACUGGUGCCUACAACUGUCUGCUCUUUUGUUGCGCUCCCAUGUCGAGGCCACAGAGUCCAGGGCCAUGGAACGUUCUCUCAACCAAAUGGAGGAACUGGUGGCAGCACUAAGGAGGGAGGAGCCAUCCCGGCGGGAACGGUUGCGUCUGUUUGGUGCCUCGCUUGUGCCACCACACUGGGAGCUGCAACAGGAGCUGGCCAGAAUGUUGAUGCGGCUGGGCUGUGUCAAGACAGCCCUGGAAGUGUUUGAGCAGCUCCACCUGUGGGAAGAUGUGGUGACUUGUUUCAAUGAGCUGCAGAUGCGGCAACGAGCAGCAGAGGUGGUGCGUCAGCAACUCCAGAAAGGAGAGACACCAAAGUUAUUGUGCAUGUUGGGAGAGGCAACUGACAAUACUGAGCACUACUUAAGGGCCUGGGAGCUUUCUGGCCACCGCAGUGGGCGAGCCCAGCGCUGUCUUGGAAACCAUUAUUAUGUCAGGAAGGAAUAUAGCCAGGCUAUUACCCAUUAUGAAAAAAGUUUGGAGAUCAACAGACUACAGUUUCCAGUGUGGCAGCGGCUGGCAUACUGUGCUCUGCAAGUGGAGGCUUGGGAGAAGUGUGCACAGGCUUACCGGCGUUGCAGUGUGCUGGAGCCUGAUACUUUUGAGGUUUGGAACAACAUGAGCCAAGCCUACCUCAAGCUAGAUCAGAAGCCUCGUGCCUGGAAGGCCCUGAAGGAGGCCCUGCGCUGCAAAAUGGAUUCUUGGCGCUUGUGGGACAACUUCAUGCUGGUGAGCACCUCUCUAGGAUACAUGCAGGAUGCACUGGCUGCCUACACCCACAUUUUGGCUCUGAAGGAGAGGCACGUGGACACCCAGGUGCUGGGUCGUGUGGUAAAGGCCAUUGUGGAGGGCCAGCGCGACCCUGAGGGCCGUGAGGCACAGGGCCUCUACCGCCGUUGCUCAGAGCUGCUGGGUCGCCUCACUAGUGAGGUGCCAGCACAUCCUGAACUUUGGUACCUCUAUGGGGAGCUGACUCGUGCUCAUCUCUCCCCUGAUCCCCAGACUCGCCAUCAGGCCAUGCAGCGGUUCAGGAAGGCAGUGGCAGCCACCACACAGCGGCCAGGCUGGGAAAAGGAUACUAUGACAGUAGUGGCUGCACUGCAUCGGGCGGUAGCACUGGCAGAAGCUGCCGUCACCAUGACAGAGGGAACCAGUCCAGAAGCUGCAGUGACUGACCUGAACUCUGCAAGAAUGUGCAUCAACGGUGUACUUAGUGGGGCACGGCGGGGCCAGGUCAAUGUGGCCACAGGGGAGAUGGUGGAGGGGGUACAGGAACCCCUCAACCUGCUGGAGGACAAGAUGACUGCACUAAAAGCUCAGUUGGACACACUUAGGCAACAAACGUGACAAUCUGGACUCAUCACCACCAUAAUCAUCAACAUAUCAUCAUCAUCAUCAUCAUCAUCAUCAUCAUCAUCAUCAUCAUCACCACCACCACCACCACCACCACCACCACCACCACCACCACCACCACCACCACCACCACCACCACCACCACCUCUAAUGUUUGGCAUCAUUCAUGGUCCUGAAACUUAGUCGGAAACUUCAAUCCUCAUCCAGGGCAACCAUUCACUCAAACCUUCAUAUCACGCAAGUCAAAGCACACAAUUGUUCACUGAUGCACGGUUUCAAUGUCCUUCAUGCAUCCUGUCAACUUAACACCAAUCUCUUCAUUCACACUGAGAAGCUCACUAAACAAUUGCCUUUACUUCCAUGUCAAAAAGAAAAAAGAAAAAAAAAGAUAAAAAAUUAAAUAGAAAAAAAAAUAGCAACUAGGAAGAGUAUAGUAAGUUUACAAGGUGAUUAGUUGGCUGCUCUCUGGGUAAAGCUGUUUUUUUUUUAUUAUUAUUAUUAUAGUUUUUUUUUCUGUGUUCCCCUCACUGUCUCACCUGCCUGCUGUUCUUACCUGGCUGGGAGGCAGAUAUUGAGCAGAUUCUCUGUUUAUCUCUGUCACUGUCUUGAAGUUUUGCCACAAGAGUUCUGGACAGUAUUCUGCCUGCAAUAACUAUUACUUUAACUAUAGCGAUGUGUUGUUUGCAUAAUUUUCAUCUCAAUGUUUGCUUUGCAUUAUGUGCAUUAUUUUGUAUAUUUUUAACUCUGUAUUCCAUGUUUUUGUAACUAUUCAUAUUCAGCUACUGAAAUUUCACUGACGUUUUAUAAUAUUUAGUUAGAUAAAGUUGAAUUGAGUAGUGUCGACAGUUUUGUCAUCAUCACGUUACUCAUGUUCCUCACCAUUGCUGCUUUCAGGUCAUACAAGUUACAGAAUAGACCUGAGCUGUACCAUGGUCAGCUGUCCACAGACCAUGUUGAGUGUUUAAAUACAUACAGUAUGUGAUAUUUA